AUGCCAUCGCCUCCAUAUCUGACCGCCCUCCGCCUCGCCGCCAUUACCGGCACCACCCUCGCCAUUUCCCAGUUCCACAUCCUUCCUUACCCAAGGAAGGCAACCACUACCAUUCCCGACUCGCUCCAGCAAUCUCCGCGCUACCGCCGUCAAAUCAAUCCCUUCCCGAAACAAUCACAAGCAGUCGACUCAACGCACAGCAUAACAAUCCCACGACCGCGUGACCCCCGCACCGGGCAAUACAUCUCCGACGCAGAGGUUUUGCGGAGGUUCACUUUGGGGCUCUGGAGUGGGUGGGCGUUUACGGCGGAAAGGUUGAUGUUGGUUUGGGUUGCGCCAAAAAGGCUGCAGGUCAAGCUGGGAACGGAGAUCGAGGGACCCCGGAACGACGAGAAGGAGCUGAGUGUGGAGGAGGCGACAACUGGCGCUCACCUUCGAUCGCUUACCGACCUGAGGCGGGCGAUGCCGGUACCCGUAGCAUUCUCAGAAUGGUCAGAACCCUCGGAAACCACAUCGGCGACAUCCCUGCCCAAACCCGGCACAAUCCUCUUCGGCGCUUUCAAAGUCGCAGAUGUGCACAUCGCCACCACACAGCAGCAGCAGCAGCCACCUGGGUUAUCGUCAUCAUCUUCAUCAGUGCCCGGCAGCUACAUCGACUUCAUCUACGGCGCGCACACAUCUUGGAUUCGAGGCAUGCAUCGCUUUGAAGUCGUUCCUUCCUCACGUCCAGAUUCGAGCUCAUCUUCCGAAACUGCAGCAACAGAAGCCGAGAGCGUUACCAUAAGAUUCAGCUCCAGCAGCUUGAAGCCACCUCCAAUUCCUACAUCAGGCAAAGAAGCUACUAUCGCUGCUGUUGAGCAGCCUCUGAUACUGGGCGGAAGGUCCUUUGGGCCAUUUCUGGCAUACUUCCAUAACAUCUAUGCUGGGUACCUUUUCGCUGAUGGGAUGAGGGAGGUGCUUCGAGGCUGA